GAGAUUACGGUGUCAGUAGAAGAGCUUCCGAGAAAGCGGCCACACUCAGGCGUUUAAGCGGCUCUUUCUCGAUUAAAUUCCCUAAAUUUCGCCCUUAGAACAAAUACAGAGCUCUUUGCUAAAUAAGGAAGAUACGAACUAGAUUAUUCGUGUCGUAAAAGAAAGGAUUGAAUCCAAACACAGAGCUGUGUUCUUUCUUCUGUCGUGUCGCCUUUCUUCCUCCUUCCUGUUUCUUUUGUUUAUGUCCUGCAGUGUUCUGCUGCACGGCGGAGAUUACAUCGCUGACCGUGAAUAAACGAUAGAGUGAAUCGAGAUAGAACGAAAGGCAGAGAGAAAUAUAUAGAGGCCUUCUAGUCCGUUUCAUCCGUCUACACGUCUGUGGUGUCCAACUGGACCAGGAGCGAGAGUCUAAUGCUCCCGGAGGAUGAGCCCAGCCAUCGAGGGGAUGCAGACAGAGCCGCAGGGGUAUUUGGGGAAAGGGGUGCUCCUUGAGCCCUUUGUGCACCAGGUUGGGGGACACUCGUGUGUGUUCCGCUUCGGGGGGCGGGCGAUAUGCAAACCGCUCAUCCCCCGAGAGCACCAGUUUAUAUAUAUGCCAUUGUUUGCUCACCCUCAGGUAAUUCCAAACCUGAGAAGUGUGGUGUCGGUGAGUUUCGAGGAGGAUGAGGAAGGAAAUUUGUGUCUUAUUGCGUACCCUCUGCACAGUGAGCUUGGGGACCUGGAGAACGUGGACCCCUCGGCGGACCUGGAACCCAAUAACAAAAUAAAAUGGGUCAGUAAGAUGCUGCUGGACAAUGAGGGCUACAGCAAGGACCGGUCCAGACACGCUCGGAAGGAUAAGGACAAGAGUGUGAAACGCGAGGAGGAGCUGGAAUGGCUCAAGCAGGCCGAGGUGUUCUACUAUAGCCUGGAGAGGAACAAUGCUGCUGGCCCUCAGCUCAAGCACAACCCCUGGAGCCUCAAGUGCCACCAACAACACCUGCAGAGGAUGAAGGAGAACGCAAAACACCGCAACCAAUACAAAUUCAUCCUGUUGGAGAACCUGACAUGGCGCUACACAGUUCCAUGCGUGCUUGAUCUGAAGAUGGGCACGAGGCAACACGGGGACGACGCCUCUGAGGAGAAGAAGGCCGUCCAGAUCCGUAAAUGUCAGCAGAGUACGUCCGCCAGCAUCGGAGUGCGCCUCUGCGGCAUGCAGGUCUACCAUUCAGACACAGGGCAGCUCAUGUUCAUGAACAAGUACCACGGCCGUAAGCUGACCCUGUCUGGCUUCAAAGAGGCCAUCUUUCAGUUCUUCCACGACGGGAGACGCCUAAGACGCGAGCUCCUGUCGCCGGUGCUGCGGAGACUGCGAGACAUGCAGGCGGCCCUGGAGGCCUGCGAAAGCUACCGCUUUUACUCCAGCUCGCUCUUGAUAAUAUACGACGGAGACCCUCCACGAUCCCGCCACUCCGCAGAGGAUGGGCUUUCAGAAGAGGAGGAGGAAGAAGAUGAGGAAGAAGAAGAAGAAGAGGAGGAGGAAGAAGAAGAAGAGGGUGGUGCUUUUGGAUUCCCUCACGGCGCAGGAGCGGGCAGCAGCAGUAGCAAAAGCAGUGCUUGUGGCGGCAGCGGCAGCUCUGCUGUGGUGCGACGCAUGACCAGAUCAGACAGCGGCCCGGUGGUGGACGUACGCAUGAUUGACUUUGCCCACACCACGUGUCGGCACUACGGCGAGGACAGUGUAGUCCACGAGGGCCAGGAUAGCGGUUACAUCUUCGGAUUGGAGAACCUCAUCACCAUUAUUUCGCAACUAGAGGACAACAGCACAGAUUAAACCACAACCAGCAUGGCGUUCGAAUGGGAAAAUGUAUCUUUCUCUUUCUUUUCCUCGUUCUUUCAAUCCCUCGAGACGUUCAGCUCAGUAAAAUCUCAAAGCUCCACCUGUUCAGUUGUUUUUGGUUUCUGAUUUUAAGAUUAAAAAGGGGUGAGAAGCUAACGUUGAGACGUUACACGAUCUGCUUCCUCCAUGUUUAGUAGCCUCACUCAUUUCCCCCGAUGUAAUGUUACAAUGUUGCUGCCAUUCCCCUUUUUGUUCUAUUUAUUGAGAAGAUAAAAUGGUUAUUUACCGUAAAGGACCUGAUUUCGUUUCCAUGCUCAUUCUUUGAGAAGGUUCCGGAACUUUGAUUCGCUUCCGAGUGCUCCCUAUUGGAUGAAGGAAUAGUAGGUGGCGAAAAGGAAGACUGUUAACGCUCUACAGCACCCUCCCCUUGCACCUUUACCCAUUGUGAAGAGACAACUAUAUUCAAAUAGUUAGUUGAUAUACAGAGACUAUAAUAAAGCUUUAUUUAUUUGUCAUAUUUCCUAAAUAAACUAAAAAGAAAAAACAUUGAAAAAGUGAAUGGGGAUUCAAGAACUACAUUCCAUGUUAUUAAUGUUACAAUAAUGAUAUUAAUAAAUAUUAUUAUUUGACAUGUUCAGAUACCUCUAUCUUAUAUCUGUUGUACACGGUAUGU